AUGGCUCAUUCGACAGCCUCUGUUACUGUCGGCAAGCCUCGACCUUUGACUCGAAAAAAGACGAUGCCUAGCCUUCAUUCCAGCGACUCACGUUCUGUACAAUUGAAAAGCUCCUCCCAAGAGCUCGAUGCUGUGUCUCUGAAGACAGCCAGCAUCAUGACCCACGAUCAAUCACCCUCCUCUCCAAGGGUCUUCUCACCCACUCAGCCAACUAUCAACUUAGAAUGCACAUUCCCUGCUAUCAUUGCUCCCAUCACCAUCCUUCGUCGCGUUCCCUUAACCCAGAACCUCGACGCCGUCAGAUCCCUCGCCCCCAUCAUUACCAACUGUCUUUCCACCAUCUUAGACUCCAUGGCCCAGUUGCCUGAAGGAGUCCGCGCUUCAUCUUCUUACCAGCUAGCGAAGAGCGACCUGCUUUUCUCAAAGGACAUGUUCCUGUCCCAUGCUGAAACCAUUGAUCCAAAUUUAGUUGGUAGAGAGCGUAACGGAGCCAUUCAAACCUCCUUACGACUAUUAGAAGUGAUGAUGAGUGGUCUUAAGGGACUACUAAGGGCAGCUGAGCGCGAGUUGAUUGAUAGUAAACCACUUCCACCCACUCCGGAGUGCGAUACUGAUGAUGCUGUUCUGGUCGAUAUCGAAGAAGGUAAAGUCCUCAAUGUAUUCUCCCCCGCAGCCGUCGCUAAUGCCACCCACCCAUCUCAAGGGGUAGACCCCAAUUUUCACGCGACACCCCGAGAGAAACGUGAGCGCGUCGUCCGUCGCAAGAAGAGUAAAAUCAAUGCCAUGCUUAAACCACUAUCCGUUCUCGUCAAAUGCGGGAAGCAGUCCACCGAGCGCCUCGCUUCCUCCACGAACGACUCUUCCUCCACACUAGUUCGCACCGAUUCUGAUAGUGAUACUAAGAAGUCGCAAGACGCCUCUUCCACACUCAAUACUAUCAGCGACAAUGUCGUCGACUGUAUCAGGAACUCGAUCGCUCAGUUCCCCGACGACUUCUUCCUCGACGGUGACGACGCUACCCUUCCACCUCACCCAGAUGAUGCUAGCGAGUUGUGCUUUAAUGCCACGGGCGACAUUCUUGGAGGUGCUUCUUUGAAGGCCUUGGUUCGGAUCUUAACCAGCAAGGAUGGGCUUCCCGACUGCAACUUCACGGAUUUCUUUUUGCUGAGCUUCCGCUACUUCACGACCCCCGAGGAGGCACUCGCUGCGCUCAUCGACCGUUACCACGAGAAGACGCCUGAAAAUUUGACACCGCUCCAGCUCCCUACCUGGGAGAGAGAAGCAUAUCAAAUCAAGCUACGCGUCGCCAAAGUGCUCUAUCUGUGGACGGACAAGCAUUGGAGGCCUGAGGAGGAUGAACCCGCAUUCAACGCGCUCCUCCAAUUCGCAUUCUGCCGACUCACUCCUGACCUGCCCCGCCCCGUAUCCAAACGAGUUAUCGAUACGCUACACCGAUACGCUUGCGACAAAAGCAACUUCCGUGGUCGCCGUUUGGAAUGCACCACCGCUAUUGGCGAAUCUCACUUACCCACUAAGCCUAUUCCUGCGACGGGCUGGCUCCCGUCGAAGAGGAAAGCCAUGGAAGCCGGCGACUUUAGUGAGGUCGAUAUCCUGUCAUUUGAUUGCACUUCUGGUCACGAGGAGCUCGCGCGCCAAUUAUCUUUGGCACUCUCGGAGUUGUAUCUCGACUUCAGGCCUGAAGAUGCGGUGAAGUUUUGGAAAGAUGGCUUGGAUCAAGACGUUGGGCGUAAAAUCACUGCUAUCGUGGUUUACGAGAGAGCGCUGAGUAAUUGGACGACUUCGGUCAUCUUAUCCAGCCCAAUUGCAAGGUCUCGCGCAGCUGUCAUCGGUUGUCUCCUGCAAAUCUCAACGAAAUGCAUGGCUAUCCGAAACUUUGGUGCAUCUGCGGCCAUCUACACUGGGAUUAUGCGGGUGUUGGAUCGUUUGAAAGCUACUCGCAGUGAAAUAUUCGAAGAUCAUAACAAGCUGCUGCGCGUCGUGGGUGACGUCAUCCCCCUCGAUAUGCAGAGAAAGUCCUAUUGGAAUGCUCUAGGGGAUGAAAUUUUGCCUACGGUGCCUAUCAUGAGUAUAUUCAUUGGCGAAAUACAGAUUGCGUUCAGUCAUCCGUCAACGCGCGAAUAUCCCAAAGGCUCGGGUUGCCAACUCAUCAAUGUUCACCGUUAUCGCAAUGUCGUCAAAGUCAUCCAAGCGAUGGAAAAAUCCCAUGUACCCUACAAGCUACAACGUGUCAAUUCCAUUCAAAAAUGGCUCAACGCUGAACUGGGCCCUUUCAUUCGCGCUGACUUGGCGGAAGAGAAUCGUAUGGUCGAUGCGUUUUACGCAAAAACGCGUGAAAUCGAACCCAAAGGUGCCAAGCCUCCUCACAGAAGCUGGCAGCGUAUGCUGGACAUUUGGGUCCAUGAGUUCCUUCCCAGGAAAUGA